AGUUCGAUACUCAUUUAGUAAUAAACGCUCCGUGGCAAAACCUUCUCUAUAAACAACAAAAUGCGUGUGAUUGUGUUGCUUUGUUUGAUUGCUGUCGCUGCUGCUCAAUACGAAUAUGCCGCCAAUACGCAGCCGCAAGUGGGUGCUGCUCCACUCUCCCAACCCGCUCAACCAACCAACGAAUACAAUAAGGAAUACUACACUUACUCAGCACCCGAGCAUGAAUUCGAUGAUGCUGGCUCCGCUGACAAUAUCAGCAAUUCAUUGAAGAAGAACUUGCGUGUUAUCUUCGUUAAGGGACCCGAAAACACCGGACUCGAGAAUGCUGCUUUACAAUUGGCCAAAUCGGCUGGUGAUGAACGUACCGCUAUCUAUGUGUUGACCAAGCAAGCUGAUAUCGGUGAUUUGGCCAACAAAUUGAACUCUGUACAGAGCACUGGCAGCAAACCCGAAGUACACUUCGUCAAGUACCGGACACCAGCUGAUGCUGAGAAUGCCCAGCGUGCUAUCCAAUCGCAAUACGACUCAUUGCCCGGUGCAUCGAGCAAACACAAUGCCGGUACCGCUCCCGUUUUGGACUUCGCCAGCAAAGCAGCUCCAGCUCCCGCUCCAGCGCCACUGGCCGCUGCCGCACCUGCACCCGCUGCCCCCGCGAACACCUACAUUCCACCACAAACACAAGCAUAUUUGCCACCCGGCAGAAGGUUGUAAGCUACGCAAGUGAUUUCCAGCGAAUGUCGUGAUUAACUGUUGACUAGUUUUAAUAUACUUGUUUUUGUUUUUUUAGUUCUUAAGUUCUAUUUCCAGUUAGAACAGCAACAGCUGUGUGUGCAGGUUAAAUAAAAAUGUGCAAAUUUUGUAAAAUAUGAA